GGCGCGCGCUAACGUGCGCUUGGCCGCAUUGACCGUUUCCGUAUAACUAACAAUUUGCAAGUCCCUAGCCUUGCAAUAUUUAACAAUCUAACCGAACCUGGCUCACGUAUGUGAGAUUUUGCAAUAACUGCGAUUUUGCGUAGAAGGCCGUGCCUGUCCGUUUAUGUUGUGAAACUUUAUUUUGGUUGUUUGAACAUUGUUAGUUUUCUAUAUUUGCUCCAAAAAUGCAUUGUUAGUCAACUCUACAGUUGACUAAAUAGCUAAACUAGUUUUAAAGUUUCUGUGAUGUGCUAAAGUCAUCAAGAGAAAUCAAGAACGAUGCUGUCAAUUGAUUCUUUGUGGUGCGGAUCAGCGGAGGAACUGUCAACGUUAAGAGGAUGCAAGGGUUCAGAAAGAUCAGAGUAUAGAUUCAGACGUAGAUCUUCAAAGAGUCUCAUCCCUCAGGCCUUGCUCCACGCCCUUCCGGAGUCACAGGUGCGGUCACACCGGCAGCGACGUUCUGGCACGUGGCCGAGAACAAGAUCUCUGAACGCACCGUCUCCAAUACAACAGUUUGGACCAUGCGGCAGAAUAAUGAAAAACUCUGCAAUGGUUAUGCAGAUCCAGGACCCGGCGUCGCAGCGGCUCACGUGGUACAAGCCACCGCUGACGGUGUUGGUCAUCAAGAAGGUGCACGACGCAACAAUACUAGUGCCAUUCGUCCAGCUCGUACAUUGGCUUGUUCACGACAAAAGCAUGGUGGUGUUCGUCGAAGCGGCAGUUUUAGAUGACACGCUGCUCAAGGAGUACGGCGACUUCUCAUCGGUGAGGGAACGUCUUAUGACGUUCCGCGCCGGCACAGAUGAUCUCACUGACAAGAUUGAUUUUAUAAUCUGCCUCGGAGGGGACGGCACGCUGUUACAUGCCAGUUCCUUAUUCCAGCAAUCUGUGCCACCAGUGAUGGCAUUCCAUUUGGGAUCGUUGGGUUUCCUCACCCCAUUCGAGUUCAACAAUUUCCAGGAUCAAGUUAUGAAUGUUUUGGAGGGUCACGCAGCAUUGACGUUAAGGUCGCGUCUCCAAUGCGUGGUGCUCCGGAAGACAACUGAGGACGGUAAAGACAAGAAGAAGCCCACAACGAUACUCGUGCUCAAUGAGGUGGUGGUGGACAGAGGGCCUUCCCCCUACCUCUCCAAUAUUGAUCUCUUCCUCGAUGGAAAACACAUUACGUCUGUACAGGGCGACGGUUUAAUAGUAUCAACGCCGACGGGUAGCACAGCGUACGCCGUGGCUGCGGGUGCCAGUAUGAUCCAUCCGUCAGUUCCCGCGAUCAUGGUGACACCAAUCUGCCCGCACUCACUCUCAUUCAGGCCGAUAGUCGUACCGGCUGGAGUGGAGCUCAAGAUAAAACUAAGCCUAGAAGCCCAUAACAAGGCGAGCGUCUCGUUUGAUGGACGGUCACAAUUGAUACUCACGGCUGGUGAUAGUCUGUACGUGACGACAUCUGUGUACCCUGUGCCUUCGAUAUGCGCUCAGGAUCAAAUCUCGGAUUGGUUUGACUCCCUCGGCGAAUGCCUGCACUGGAACGUGAGAAAGAAACAGAAACAGAUCGAUGAACUCAGCGACUUAACCCACUCGUCCAGCGACACCCUAGAGGAGCUUGACGCCAACAAUCACGAGGAAAGACCGUCGGACACGUGACCACAAUUUUUAAGUGAACGAUAGCUUCCGCCUAAAUGCAAAGUGUGUAGCCAUGCUUGGGCAGAGGUUCUUAUCCCAAAUAAUACAUACAGGGCCUGAUUAAAAAUGCGGCAUAACGUUGGAAUAUCUACGCGGCGUUUUGUUUUAAAUUCUGACAUUUAAAAGGUGCUGCUCGGCUAGCAUAUGCAGGAGAUAAAUAAAUGAAUAAACUACUUAAAUACACACAUCGUCUUCUAGCCCCAAA